AUGGGGGGAGUUGGCAAGACCACUUUGGUUACACAUGUUUACAACACUGUGAAGGAAGACUUCAACACUGCUGCAUGGAUAACUGUUUCAAAAGCUUACCAAGUGGAGGACUUACUGAAGCAGAUCAUCAGGGGAUUUCAGAAAAGUGAUUUGAAGGGUGAACUUCGUGUUGACAUUGUUGACAUGGAAAGGAGAAGCCUAGUUGAGAUCAUCCAUGAUUAUUUGCGUGGUAAAAGGUUUGUUUUAGUGCUAGAUGACGUCUGGGGCGUUGACAUCUGGUUCAAGAUAAGUGAUGCUUUUCCUACCAAUAGCACUAGCAGGUUUAUUAUCACAUCGAGGAUACAUCAAGUAGCAUUGCUGGCUAAUGGAAAUUGCAUAAUUGAGUUGAAGCCACUAGAGGCACAUCAUUCAUGGGAGUUAUUUUGUAAAGAGGCCUUCUGGAAAAAUGAAAACAAAAUGUGUCCGCUGGAACUUAAUAAUUUGGCACAAAGAUUUGUUCAUAAGUGUAAUGGGCUCCCCAUUGCCAUUGCAUGCAUAGGCCGUGUUUUGUCUUGCAGAAGCCCAACCUACUCUGAUUGGGAAAGCUUGUACAAGGAACUAGAGUUGCAGAUGACAAAUAAUGUGAUUCUUAAUGUUAAUGUUGUUCUAAAGGUUAGUUUGGAGGAUCUUCCAUAUAUUUUAAAGAACUGUUUUUUGCACUGUACAAUAUUUCCCGAGGAUUAUUUGAUCAAAAGGAAAAGGUUGAUUAGGCACUGGGUAGCAGAGGGACUCAUCAGAGAAACAGAGCAUAAAACAAUGGAGGAACUGGCAGAGGGCUAUUUGUAUGAACUUACCAAUCGUAGCCUAUUACAAGUAGUGGAGAGAAAUGAAAGUGGACGAGUGCAGAGUUGCCGAAUGCACGACAUUAUUCGACUUCUUGCUCUGACAAAAGCAAAUGAGGAAGGCUUCUGUAAAGUUUAUGAUGGCAUGGGGAGUUCUUCAGCUGAAAAGACACGUCGCUUAUUGAUUCACAGUGCAAAUAUUAAGCAGUUGACUCAACCAACAGACCUUACAGUUCGCUCAAUAUAUGUUUUUAGUAAUGGUCUGACUAUUGAUUCACUUAGGUCUUUCUUGAAACAUUUCUACUUGCUAUCAACUCUAGAUCUCCAAGGUGCUCAGAUUGUGGAGCUGCCAUAUGAGGUUAGGAAUAUCCCCAGCACAGUCGGAAGAUUACAAAAACUUGAAGUCUUGGAUGUUUACAAUGCUAAAUUGUUGGCUUUGCCAGAGAGUGUUUCGAAACUUAGAAAGUUGAGAUAUCUCCAUGCAGCUACCAUUCCAGAGAUAAAUAUCAAAGGAGUUGUGGCCUGGAUUGGAAUCCAGGUGCCUAAAAGCAUCAAAUACCUGAUAGGCUUGCAAGCUUUGCGACUUGUUGAGGCGAGCUCAGAGACUUUAUGUCAUCUUGGCGCUUUGACACAGUUGAGAACUUUUGCCAUCACCAAUGUGCAGAGGGAACAAUGUGCCGAUUUAUGCACUGUUAUAAUGAACAUGAACCAUCUUGUUAGCUUAGCAAUUAUGGCUAUAAGUGAGAAGGUAACACUUCAACUGGAAGAACUUUGUUUACCCCCAACUCUUUCAAAGCUUGAAUUAGGAGGGCAACUGGACAAGAAAGCAAUGCCCCGGAUUGUAUCAUCCUUUUCAGAUCUUGGUAACCUCACCUUAUUGACCUUAGCAUUCUCCAAACUUGAUGAAGACUCAUUUUCAUGCCUCCUGACGUUGCAUGGUCUACGCGGGCUUUGGGUUGAUAAGGCUUAUGAAAGGAAGGGGCUUCACUUUAAUGCUAUGUCUUUUCCAAAUCUUCGACAGCUUGCAAUAUCAGAUGCACCGCAGCUCAACAGCAUUGUAAUCGAACGAAGCGCACUGCAAAGCCUUGUUCAGCUAACACUAGUAGAUUGUCCAGAACUGAAGGCCCUCCCUGAUGGCAUUGAGCAUCUUAGAACACUUGAGAAAUUAUAUCUGCGAGGAGCAUCCGAAGAGCUCACGGAGCUAUUUCAGUGGAAUGAAGAAACACACGAGUCCAAUGGGAAUCUUGAGAAGAUCGGUCAUAUCCGAAGGGUUACUGUUUAUCCAUGA